UCCACGCCAAUUUCAUUUUCAUGCAUCGCUAUACCCUUAUCUUCUUCUUUAUCUGCUAAUUAAAUUAUCUGUCUCGUCUCCAUUCUUGUUGAGCUGGUCAAUAACAGAAUCUGAAUCCUAUAAACUGAUUUUCUGAUCAGAAUUUCAAACCCUAGAAUUUCUGGGUUUCUCUUGAAAUCCGUGUUUUCCGUGAUUGGAUUCUUGUUGUGAGACUCAAUUCAGUAUUCUGUUGUUUGAAUGGACCUUCUUCGACUGGGAGAAAAGGGUCUCUUUUCGCCUCAGAGAAGAAGGAAAUGGCUGAUUUUGAUGGCGAUUUCCGGAGUUUCUGGUUAUGGAGCUUACAAGGUUUACCAUUUGCCAUCUGUCGCGAGGAAAAGGAAACGUCUUUUGAAGAUUUUCGGAGCUAUCGUCUCUGUAGCCGAAUUGAUCUCUGAAUCGGCGGAGACCAUGAGUAUCGUGUCGCGAGACUUGAAGGGAUUUCUCAAUUCCGAUUCCGAUGAAAUCCCUAACAGCUUGAAGCAGAUCGCCAAGAUCACCAGGUCCAAUGAGUUCACGGAUUCGCUCUCUAGGGUUUCUCAGGCUGUCACGAUUGGGGUCUUUCGUGGUUACAACUUCGAGUCUGGUAACGUUGGCGAUUCAGGAAUUGGAUCGGAGCCAAGUGUUGUUGAUAGAGUGAUUGAUAAGGUUUUCUCAAAGGCUGGAUCUGGAUUCGUUUCGGUUAUCGUUGGUAGCUUCGCUAAGAAUCUUGUUCUUGGAUUUUACUCCAAGGAGCUCGAGAAUGGUGUGAAAUGUGAUUCUGAUUCUUCAGAGACACCUCAAUGGGUGAGUUUGCUUUGUGAUGACAAAAGUAGAGAGCUUUUAUCUGAUUGCAUCGAGAGAUUCACUAGCACAGCAGUCGCUGUGUAUCUCGACAAGACGAUGGAGAUCAACACUUAUGAUCAGAUCUUUGAGGGCUUGACGAAUCCGAAACAUCAGGAUAGCGUCAAAGACGUUCUUGUUUCGGUUUGUAACGGUGCUCUCGAAACUCUCGUUAAAACAUCUCACCAUGUCUUCACUACAUCUUCCACAAGGUCUAAUAAUGUUAUAGAAGAGAUUGAAGAAGAAGACGAUUUCAAGACUAAUGGUUCCUCGAGAAGCAAGUCGGAAUCAGUAGACGGUAACAAGAGUAGCGGGUGGGCCGAGGCUAUCUCGACUACAUUGGCAGUUCCUAGCAAUCGGAAGUUUAUGUUCGAUGUAACAGGAAGAGUAACACUAGAAACGGCAAGAUCAAUCAUCGGUUUUCUAAUGUUGAAGACAUUUCAAGGGUUCAGGAAAAGUUUCAACGUGGUUCAUGAAGAAGUUACAGACAAAGGACGUCAAGUAGUUGGAUACGUUGGAGCCAAAUCUUCUGUUAUAACCACUGUGUUCCUCGCGCUUUACUUGCAUAUCUUAAGCGGCUGUGUUCGGAGUUCUCCUAUAGGCGUAAGCCAGCAUUUUUAGUUCUUCAGAUGAAGAACAUUUCGAUUUGUUGGAUAUAAAACUCUAUUGGUUAGGUACGCAAAUAUUAAUCAGCUUCCUUCUAGUUAUAUUUGUUAUAGUUGGAGCUGAGGAUUAGUGUUGAGAUUGUGUCUGUAUAUGUGCACAACUUGAUUCUUAUUGAUGAAAUACAUAUAUAUAUAUAUA